GCAAAACUCCUCCCGUUGGACAUUGCGAUCUGGCGCCUGAUUCCUUUCAACCAAAAUCAUUUUCCUCCACUAAAUCUUUUCUGCGGGCUAGAAAAGAUGACAGCAAAUACGUUUACGCCGUAUCUCAAAUCCCUCAUUCACAACCCAACAAGCUUUUCUGCUCCACAGGCGCAUUCGGCAGCAGUGGAGAUCAUGAAUGGGAAAGCCACACCUGCCCAAAUUGGCGCAUUUCUCAUUGCUCUCAAAAACUCUUCCAAAGAGCAUGACCCGGCUAUCAUUGCGGCCGUUGCAUCCGCAAUGCGUGAAGCGGCCCUGCAAAUUCCAUUUGGGGAGGAGUUAGUUAAUGAGGGUUUGGUGGAUAUUGUUGGGACUGGAGGGGACGGACAAGAUACAUUCAACGUUUCUACCGCUGCGGGAAUUGUCGCUGCUGGGGCAGGCUGCAAAGUGGCAAAGCACGGUAAUCGGGCGUCGUCCUCAAAAUGCGGCUCCGCGGAUGUUCUCGAAGCUCUUUCAUGCCACCUCACCCACCUGACACCGGACGCCGUUCCAAGAAUCAUCGAAACUGGGGGAUUCUGUUUUCUAUUCUCGCAAACGUUUCAUCCAGCCAUGAAGAACGUUGCAGGUCCGCGGAAAGAGUUGGGCGUACGAACAAUAUUCAAUCUUCUUGGACCUCUUAGUAGUCCAGCAAGACCCAAACGGGUUGUAGUAGGAGUGCAUUCAACAUCCAUCGGACCGCUCAUGGCAGAAGCACUGCGACUAAGUGGAGUCGAACGAGCGUGGGUGGUGUGUGGCUCCAUGGGUCUCGAUGAGAUUGCACCAGAAGGCAAGACCCACGUCUGGUCUCUCGAACCCAACGGCGAGGUUACUGAAGGCGUUGUAACACCAUCCGAUUUUAAUCUUCCUUCCCAUUCCCUGGCAGACGUAGUAGGCGGGGAUCCAGAGUUUAACUCGAAAACGAUGACAGAGUUAUUGGCUGGACGGUUAGAGGGUCCUGUGUUGGAUUUUGUUUUGUUGAAUGCUGGUGCCUUGCUGUACGUUGCGGGGAAGGCGGCUACGCUACCCGAAGCAGCUGAGAUGGCGAGGCAAAGUAUCAUAAGUGGAAAAGCAAAAGAGGCAUUAGAGUCCUUUGCAGCGGAGACCCAGAGAUUGAAAGAUGCGGUAGUCCGAUAGCACCACGUAGUUGUAUAGUUCAAGUCACGGUAUGAUACGCAUAGUUGAUAUGUUUUGCAAAUUAGAGAGAGAAUCGCAUUCCUGGCAUGUAAGGAAAAAUAGUAGAUCUUUAGGAAUUAAAAGCUAUAUAUAUUGAUAAUGACAAAUGACCGAUGAGAAAUCUA